CUAAAAUGCAGUUGUCAGUUUUCUGUUUUCUGUCACCUUUCAAGUUUUCAACCAUAUGUGUCGUCCAAGGAAGAAUACUUGUAAAUGUACCGCUGUUGAAAUUUUAGCAGAAUUUUCCUGUUCAUGACGAAGUUUCAUAAAAUCAUGUUUGUGAUUUGAAAAAAUCAAAUUCUUCGAGUUGGACGUAAUCGGAAUGUUGUUAUGUAGAAAGAGUGAAAACCAGCAGUCUGUAAAUUGUACAUGGGAUGAAUGAGGAGGAAUUGCUGCAAAGAGCUAUUGAAGAGCGAGACAAACUAUUCAAACGCUAUGAACAAGGACGUGAAGGUGGUGCAGAGAUUGACCCUUGGGAAGAUCCCGGCUUUGAAGUUUAUCAUGCAACUGACAGAUAUGGAUUCAUUCACGAUAAGAGACUGCCAUCAAAGGUUGAUAUUCACGAAACAAAAAAAUUGCAAAUUGAAGUGGAACGUCAAAAGAAAUGGCUCAAGAUGUUGAAGGAUUGGAACCACACUUUAGCUUCAGAAAAACUCCAUACUCGUGUUUAUAAAGGCAUUCCCGAUUCGUUGAGAUCCAGCAUUUGGUGUAAAUUAUUGAAUAUAGAAGAUAAAAAGAAAGCAAACUUGGGAAUGUAUAAUAAGAUGUAUAAUUUAGCAAAGGAGUAUUCUACAGAUGCUAGACAGAUAGAUUCUGAUGUCAAUAGACAAUUUCGUGAGCAUUUGCAGUAUCGUGAGAGAUACAGUAUUAAACAGCAACAAUUAUUCAAUGUAUUAGUUUCUUAUGCCAUGUAUAACUCGGAAGUGGGAUAUUGUCAAGGUAUGUCAGGCCUAGCUGGUGUUUUGUUGAUGUAUAUGGAUGAAGAGGAUGCAUUUUGGGCUCUACAUAUCCUACUAACUGACCCAAAGUAUGCCAUGCACGGAUAUUACAAAGAGGGAUUUCCAAAAUUGACUCGGUUUUUAGCUCACCACGACAAAAUUCUAACAAAAUUCCUGCCAAAAUUGAAGAAGCAUUUUGAUAAGCAUGGUGUUGAUGCCAUGCUGUAUUCCUUGAAGUGGUUUUUUAUUUGUUUUGUGGAAAGGGUUCCUUUCAGUCUUUGUCUUCGCGUUUGGGAUAUACAUCUCUUAGAUGGCGAGAGAGUUAUAACUGCAAUGGCCUAUACGAUAUUGAAAUUGCAUAGAAGGAACUUACUCAAAUUGAAUGAUAUGGAUACUAUUGUUAAUUAUAUUCAGGUAAAACUGCAUAAAGACUUCAUGAUAGACGAUGACACCGUAAUACAAAACUUGGAGAAGUCUUUGGAGGAGCUCAGGCGUGCAAAACUCGACACUGCAGGCCCCCCUCAAAAAGAAGAGCUUGCAACCAAACCCUUCGGAUUUUUCAAGAAACCGACAGUCACUAAAAUAGUGGGUUUGAGGGCCGAACAAUUUACGGAUAAGGAGAGAGAAACGAACGAAUUGGUAAUACUGACAAGUGAUAUAGCUAGGGAGAACGCGGAGAAGGAAGACUCAUACCCGAGUGAUUCAGUCGGACACACAGGUUCUAAAUUCUCGUUUGAACAUAGCAAUGGAGACGAGAGUCCUAUACUAGAAGGCGACCUCAAUUUAGGCUCUAGAAGAUCCCUAGCAGAUACCAGUGUUACAUCAACAGCUGAUCUCUCAGUUUUCUCAACUAUAACCAGAUCUCAAGCACAUGAAAACAGUUUAGAUACACAUAGCAAUCUCUCCGACAAUUCGAUGGGAGGAGCCAGUUCUGUAGGUUCUGGUAUAGGUGCUUCGGGAUCCCAGCGUCUAUACAGUGCCCAUACAACACCCAUCGGAGGCUCUCACAAUCAGAAUCCUGAUGUCCUUCGAAUAUAUGUACCUUAUUCUCCUUUAGAAACUCCAAUUGCUAGUCCACAUAAUGGAGAUUUACAGAAGUCCGUUCCUUCUCUUUUUAACGAUAAUAAAGUACGUAUUAAGGUAGAUAACGAUGAACUUGCUACGCCACUGGUGGAACACGGGCGUAUCAAAAGUUUCAUGGAUGCGGAAAUAGAUUUAAAAUGAAGAUUAUUAUACUUAAUCGUUGAAGUGGAAAGUUUAACUGAUAAUUUUUUUUUUUGACCACUGGAAGGAAAAGUUCUUUAGAGUGAUAUUGAUAAUGCAUUCCCUCGAAUAUUUUCAAAUGAUUCGACAGAGAUCUAUAUUUGUUUUUAGCUGUCUUUGUUGCGUAGGUAGAAAAAAAUUUCAGUACAACACUUCGAGUUUUUUUUUUUUGGACUCCGUAUUCUACUUGAAACCUGAAGUGACUGCAUUCUUGUCUACAUUGUUUUUGAAUUGAUUAUAAUCUGAAGCACUUUUCGACAACAAAGUUGUCAUCAUCAGAAACUACAAGUUUCUAACUAAGUAAAAACAUGCAAAAUUGUAAUCUUAUACUGCUACAACUAAUAAUUUUUUUCUUGAUACAUUUCAAUAACUCCUUUUAAUUACACUUCUGAUAAAUUAAUUUGCUCAAAAGGAAUUUUUUUAUUUAGUUAGUAGGCUUUAGUUUAUGAUGAUGACACCUUUGUUGUCGAAACGUGCGUCAAACUCUUAUCAUAAAAAACCCAGGAACAAGAGUGUGUUUACUUCAAAUUCGAUAUUUAAAAUAUGCGGAUAAAGUCAAAGUUAUUCAUUUCAGUCAUAUCCAGUUUAAAUAAGAUUUUUUUUUAGUAUUGUAGUUCUUUUAUUGGAUUGACUCAGUCUUUACUUAAUGGAAAUUCAUUCAAACUGAAAUUAUAUGACAGUUAUUUUAUUUUCACAGAAUAGCUUCUUCGGAUUUCACUUCUUGAAUAACUGAAGAAAAAAGCUUUGUUUUCGUUGUCGUCUUUAAGUUUGAUUUUUUUCAAGUUUUUUCUCAUAGCACCUUCCCUUCACAAGAUAUUUAACUUAAAUUUGGAAUUGGUGAAACAAUUGUUAUAGAUAUAUUUGAAAAAUGGAAAAAGAAUAACUAUCAUGUAGUUCUUUUGAUUUUCCAACUUGCCUGUUGCCUAGAGAAAUGGAUUUUUAAUUCACAAAGGAAUUGAAAGUUAAAAAACUAGUGUUAAUAUCUUUUGAUCUGUUUAAAUGAAUGUAUUUUUGUGUGAUAUGGAAGUUAUUAGGAUAAUCCUAUUUUGAAAUGGUCAGUAAACUAUCUUAUUUAUCAGAUCGAAAGGAGAUCCAAUCAUUUAUUUUUUUGAACUGGAGUAUAUAUACGUAAACUCUUAAUAAUUGGAUAAUAACUAAGCGAAUCUAGAAUUGAAAUUAUUUUGUUGAGUUUUUUCAACUUUGAGUCAUGUGUUCGACUAUGCUCAUUAUUUUAUUUGUAAAUAAUAUUCUCAAAAUCGAGAGUUAGGCUAAUUUUUUUCCGAAAAUCUUGUUUUAGCAUCACUUUAUUAGUAUGUGUAAUAAUUACAAAGCCUUAUAAUGAAAAUACAACGAUUGUUUCAGAGUCGACAUUAUUCACAGUUUUCUAUUUUUAUUGUUGAUGAAAACCAAAACAUAUAAACGAUUGUAAAAUAUUGACAUUCAAGUAGUAUUUACGACGAAGUGAAUAAAAAAUGGAUAAUAACAGUUUUCAUAUCUAAUAAAUUUCUCUCUCUCUCUUAGAAUCGAACAUUUUUGUAUAUUAUUGAAUAGUUUGGCCAUUCCAUUAUCUCAAUUUUAGGAUUGAGAUUUAGAAAAUGUAAUUAGCUUUAAAAUUCCGGUAGAUGGAAGAAUUAUAAUACUUGAAAAUAUUUUGAAUGACAUCCAUUGUAGUAUUAAGUGUUUUAUUUUAUUUAAAAAAGCAUUUAUUUUGUAAAUAAACUAUUUAUUGAUCAAA